UAGCAGCUGAGCACUUAACCGUCGGACCACCAGGGCUCCUUCCUGUAAGUACUAGUAUCACCCAAUAUUAUUUAUUGAUUGAUUUAUUAUUAUUGCUUCACAGUGAAGAACUGAACGUCAUCAUGUCUGGAGUCAAGCGAACCAUCAAGGAAACCGACCCUGAUUAUGAGGAUAUAUCUGUCGCCCUUCCGAAUAAACGGCAUAAAGCAAUUGAGAAUUCAGCUCGAGAUGCUGCCGUACAGAAGAUCGAGACUAUUAUCAAGGAACAAUUUGCCCUUGAAAUGAAGAAUAAGGAGCAUGAAAUUGAAGUCAUUGACCAGCGACUGAUCGAGGCAAGAAGGAUGAUGGAUAAACUUCGUGCCUGCAUUGUGGCAAACUACUAUGCGUCUGCAGGUCUUGUAAAAGUUUCUGAGGGAUCAAAGACAUGUGAUGCAAUGGUUUUUAAUCAUCCUGCUAUCAAGAAAUUUUUCGAAUCACCGUCUAGAUCAUCAUCUCCUGCCAAUCAGAGAUCAGAAACACCAUCAGCCAAUCAUUCAGAGAGCGAUUCUUUAUCUCAACACAAUGACUUUUUAUCUGACAAAGACAACAACAGCAAUAUGGACAUAGAGGAAAGAUUAUCAAACAAUAUGGAGCAGAGACAAAGCCGAAAUACUGGAAGGGACACUUCUAGUACCACUGGCUCUCGUAAAACAGACCAGCGGAAUGCCGAUUUUACAGGGGAUGAGACUUCACGACUUUUCGUGAAGAAAACGAUAGUGGUGGGCAACGUGUCCAAAGAACCUCCUUUUCAUCUGACCAGGAGAGGCUGGGGUGAGUUUCCUGUCAGAGUCCAAGUUCACUUUAAGGACAGCCAGAACAAGAGGAUAGAUAUCAUACACAAUCUGAAGCUGGAUAGAACUUACACCGGCUUGCAGACUCUUGGAGCAGAGACGGUGGUGGAUGUUGAGCUCCAUCGGCAUUCUCUCGGAGAGGACUGCGUUCACCCUCAGUGCUCUGAAUCGGACGGCUCUGAUGCCCCUCCGUCUUCGCCUUUAACCAUUCCAGCCCCAGUGAAAGCCUCCUCACCGAUUAGGCAGUCACAUGAGCCAGUCCCUGAUACCUCUGUGGAGAAAGGAUUCCCAACCAACACUGAAGCCGAGAGACACACUACAUUUUAUUCUUUGCCAUCUUCCUUGGAACGAACACCCACGAAAAUAACAUCCCAGAAAGUUACCUUUUGUUCUCAUGGCAAUUCGGCUUUCCAGCCAAUAGCAUCCAGCUGCAAAAUUGUCCCACAAAGUCAGGCUCCUAAUCCUGAGUCACCUGGAAAGUCCUUCCAGCCCAUCACCAUGAGCUGCAAGAUUGUCUCAGGUUCCCCAAUAUCAACUCCAAGUCCAUCACCAUUGCCUCGAACCCCAACUUCUACUCCAGUCCAUGUGAAGCAGGGCACUGCUGGCUCCGUUAUUAGUAAUCCUUAUGUUAUCAUGGACAAGCCCGGGCAGGUUAUUGGUGCCACCACUCCCAGUACAGGAAGUCCUACAAGCAAGCUCUCCACUGCUUCCCAGGCCUCCCAGGGGACAGGUUCCCCGAUUCCUAAAAUCCACGGAAGUAGUUUUGUCUCAUCUGCUGUCAAGGUAACACUCUUACUGCAUUAUUGCACUUGGCUAGUUUCUAAAGAUAGUCUGUUCAGCCUCAGCAAGAAUCUGUCCCUUAAUGAUGCACAUUUCACAAAGGAGAUUAUUCACACUAAUAAGUUUCUGGAAGAUCAUGUGAUCAUCAAACAGGAACCUGGCGAAGCCCCCCACGUGCCCACAUCAGGAGCUGCCAGCCAGUCACCGCUCCCCCAGUACGUGACUGUGAAAGGGGGUCACAUGAUCGCUGUGUCUCCUCAAAAGCAGGUCAUUACUGCUGGAGAAGGGUCUGCCCAGUCACCGAAGAUUCAGCCCUCCAAGGUUGUUGGGGUGCCGGUGGGGACUACUUUACCUUCAGCCGUGAAGCAGGCUGUGGCCAUCAGUGGUGGCCAGAUCCUGGUAGCCAAGGCCAGCUCUUCUGUCGCCAAAGCAGUUGGUCCAAAGCAAGUUGUAACCCAAGGAGUUGCCAAAGCCAUCGUGAGCGGAGGUGGAGGAACCAUUGUUGCUCAGCCGGUGCAGGCCUUAGCCAAGGCGCAGGUCACCGCCGCUGGCCCCCCGAAGAGCGGAUCCCAGGGCUCAGUGAUGGCAACGUUGCAGCUACCAGCCACUAAUUUGGCUAACUUGGCGAAUUUGCCUCCUGGCACCAAACUCUACCUCACCACAAACAGCAAGAACCCUUCAGGAAAAGGAAAACUGCUGCUGAUCCCGCAAGGAGCCGUCCUGCGAGCCACGAGCAGUGCUAGUUAUGGUGUAGUGACAGCAUUUGCCGACAGGACCCCGAGCACCACCGGCCCUGGGGGGCUAUCCCAGCACAUGACUUACACGUCCUACAUCCUCAAGCAGACCCCCCAGGGCACGUUUUUAGUUGGCCAGCCAUCUCCUCAGACGUCUGGAAAACAGCUGACUGCUGGAUCAGUGGUCCAGGGAACGCUUGGAGUCAGCGCGUCCUCUGCGCAAGGACAGCAAACAUUGAAGGUCAUCUCUGGACAAAAAACCACUUUGUUUACGCAGGCAGCCAGUGGGGGACAAGCGUCCAUAAUGAAAGUGUCCGAUAGCUCGUUGAAGUCCGUGCCAGCCACCUCACAGCUCUCAAAGCCUGGGACCACAAUGCUGAGAGUAGCAGGGGGGCUUAUCACAACGGCCACCUCCACAGCCGUGGCCCUCUCGGCAAAUGGCCCCGCACAACAGUCUGAAGGGACAACCCUCGGCUCCUCAUCUGCUGUAGGUUCUGUAAUGAAAACUUGCGGGCAGCAGCCAGUGUGCGUGAGCCAGGCAGCCGCGGGAUCCUGCAAGGCUGCUGCCCCUGGUGUCGUCAGCGCCUCAUCCCUGGUGUCCACGCCGACCCCCGUCUCCGGAAAAGCCACGGUGUCAGGGUUGUUGAAGAUUCACUCCGGUCAGUCCAGCGCCCAGCAGGCUGUCCUGACGAUUCCCAGCCAGCUCAAACCGCUCAGUGUAAACACAUCUGGAGGUGUGCAGACUAUACUGAUGCCUGUGAAUAAAGUGGUCCAGUCAUUUUCUGCCACCAAGUCACCUGCCAUCCUGCCCGUAGCUGCCCCAACUCCAGUUGUCCCCAGCUCAGCUCCGGCCACUGUCGCAAAAGUGAAAACUGAACCGGAGCCACCUGGGCCGAGCUGCCUCUCACAUCAGGGUCAGACAGCAGUGAAAACGGAAGAAGGCUCAGAGCUGGGCAGCUAUGUCAUUAAGAUAGACCAUUUAGAAACUAUCCAGCAACUCUUAACAGCAGUAGUAAAGAAGAUCCCAUUAAUCACUGCAAAAAGGGAAGAUGCCAGCUGUUUUUCUGCGAAGUCUGUGGAGCACUAUUACAGCUGGAACAUUGGGAAGCGGAGAGCCGCUGAGUGGCAAAGAGCAAUGACGAUCCGAAAAGUCUUACAGGAAAUCCUAGAGAAGAACCCCAGGUUUCACCACCUGACACCCCUGAAAACCAAGCACGUGGCUCACUGGUGUCGCUGCCACGGCUACACGCCCCCGGACCCCGAGAGCCUGAGGAAUGACGGGGACACGAUUGAAGACGUGCUGACCCAGAUCGACAGUGAGCCAGAGUGCCCGUCAUCCUUCUCCUCUGCUGACAACCUCUGCCGGAAGCUGGAGGAACUUCAGCAGUUUCAGAAGAGAGAGCCAGAGAAUGAGGAGGAGGUGGAUGUGCUCAGCCUCUCAGAGCCGUUGAAGAUAAGCGUCAAAAAAGAGCAGGAAGAGAAACAGGAAGAGGUGAAAUUCUACCUGCCACCAACACCAGGGUCCGAAUUUAUUGGUGAUCUCACACAGAAGAUUGGGAUCAGCCUGCAGCCUGUGGUGCUCCACAGGAACGUGUGUGCGUCGGUGGUGGAGGACAUGAUUUUAAAGGCCACGGAGCAGCUGGCGAGUGAUAUCCUGAGACAGGCUUUGGCGGUUGGAUACCAGACGGCGUCUCCCAACAGGAUUCCCAAAGAAAUCACAGUGAGUAAUAUUCACCAGGCCAUUUGCAACAACCCUUUUCUGGACUUCCUCACAAACAAACACAUGGGGAUCUUGAAUGAGGAGCAGUGAGCAGAACAGAGCUGCCCCAGAGAAGCAGGCUCUGACGCUGAUCCGAAACGUGAGGACUGUGGUGACUCUCCUGUGUACCUCGGGACAUCAUGGUGCCAGACCAUCGCCUCCUCCUGAUCUGUUGUAACGCCAGAGUGCUCGUCCCAGGUUGAAGUCCCUUUAGGACAGAAGUUUGUUUCCCGGCUCGAGGGUGAAGCUGUGAGUGGAUGUGUGCCCUGUCAGCUUGAGUCUGUCCACUUCUGUAAAGGCUCCACAAGAAGAUGUCAGAGCUGGGCCAGGCUGUGUGGGUCAGAUUCUUCUCCCUCCGCGUGUCCUCCAGGGAGUCUGAUGUGCUAGAGGUCUCACCCAUUCUGUGGCUGGGGUGACCGGCAGCCCCCACAGCUGCUCUGGUAACACCUGAAGAUGGAUCAGCCUUCCGCACUCAGCGCUGGUUCUGUGGUCCUGGCCGGCCUUGGUGUGGAGGGUCCGCCUGUCAGCCCAGGUGAGUCAGCUACGGGAAGAGGUAAUGCUGUGCAGAUUACCUCACAGGGCUGGCGGGCUGUAGACUGACCAGAAUUCUGUCUUCAUGGAGCACAGGAUCUUCACUGUGGUAACGUCGAGGGCUGCAGGGCCCAGCCUCGGUGAGCAGAGGUUCAGCUGUUACCCAAGAGGCUCUAAAUUUGUUGAUAACAGAGUCCACAGAUCCCGAGCACUUGGCAGAGUCGUUACAGCUUUGAGCACACGUGUGCUGGGCGGAUAGCUGGCUCACACCAUCUGCUGCCGAAUCCAUACGGAGUGGCCGUGAGUGAGCAGCCUGGACGCAGGCUGUGCUGGGACCCAGUGUCCUCAUCUUCGCUGUCAAGGGAGUGUUUCCUAAGAAGAAAGGCGUUGAAACGAAGCACCUGUGAGUGCCUUAGAGGUAGAUAACCGCCCAAGCCAGGAGACAGGGACGUCAGUGCUCAGCAGCCAUGAGAACAGAACACGCAUGAGCACAGAGGUCCCCAGGGCCACUGCAUGAUGUCCUGGGCCACUGAAGGUGUUCCUGCCUUCCUGACGUCGUCUGUGUGAAGGGUAAAGAUAAAAAUUUAUUCUCAGUUAGCAGUCUGCUCUUAUUCUGCUUGAAGAAAAUUUGAAACCAGUGAAUUCAAAGAAAUUUGUCCAAGCAACAACAUUCAGGUUUUCGUGAGUCAGGUGUUUGAGUCUGGAAAAUAAGGCAGGGAGGUGACUGGGUGAUUAUUCAGCAUCUGAGCAUUGCAGAUGCAGAAGGAAUGUAUUCAGCAGGCUAUAGGGCGUGCCCUGACCUAAUAACAAAUUGUUUAGGAUGUCAAGGCUCAGAUAUUCUAGAUCUGUACUACUCCAAGGAAGACAGAUAUGUAGAGUCAUUGAGUGGACUAUGACAGAUCUGCAGGGUGGAAGAUUUGACCCAGGUGAGAACAGACUUGUUUAUUACAGGUGUGACAACCUAAAGAAGUUACGUUUUUGCAAAAGAGAAAUGAUUCAACACCCCCCCCCCCCGCCGUGUGUUGAUGUACCAUUGUACUGUAUCAUAAUAUGUAACAUAAUUGUGUAACAAAAACGUCUGCAAUAAACCUUUCAGUAUCCAGUUUUCUGCGUUUGAAGCACUGUGUUGAGGUUUAUGUCAGAAAUAGCUGGAAUGAGGGAAGUAGUAGAUAUUUGUGUUUAAAUUGAUUCCUUUCCAAAAAAGAAUUGCAAGAACCUUGCAAGAUAAAAGAUUACAGUUGCAUAAAAGUCUAAAAGCAAAAAAUGGAAGGUACAUAUUGACCCUGGAAAUAAUUAUUUCUGACAGCAUGGGGCUAAGGAAAACUGCUUAUUAGAGCUCGGAGCGUCCUCCAAGGCCAGGCGAAGGGGAGACAGCUCCUGCUGUCCGACAGAGAACAGGUGGUUUCUCUGGCGAGGGAAAAUUGCCUCUGCUGAGAUCUAAAAGGAAUUUCUCCUGCGAGUCCUUAAAUGCUCUGACCAUCUGGUAUCAUAAUGGCUAAAAAUGACGAAAUUGCAGAAAGACUUCAAAAAUGUCCGUUUUUAUGUCAACCCUUAAUACGAGCUAAAGGCUUUGAAAGAUUUGGUUCUUGAAAAGCAAGACUUCCCGUAGGGGA